UCCAGCACCAGUUAUUGAUCUUCGUCUUUUCAUGGGCAAUAGUGUUAAGCGUUCACUGAUAAAAAAAGCACAGCGUUCAACACAGUAAAAUAACAAAAUGAAUUAUACGAGGAUUUAGUACUUACCUACUUGUGGAAACAUCGACUUUAUUGGCGGUGUUGUCGCACACCAAAACCAAUCUACAGUAUUAAAAAAGCGGGUUCUGCAGCCAGUGUGAAUGUGCUGCAGAUCAGUCAAACAGCAUGAUUUGACUAGGAUGGUAAUCCACAGAAACAGCAAAAAAGCAACAGCAAGUCAAAAGGGUGGAGUCAUGGCGUCCGCCCUGACAGCAGAUUCAAUACUUUCUCCUCUUGUCUCUCAAGCGUACCCCUUGGAAAGCAAAAAUAAUUGACCUUUCGUUCCGAAGAAGAGUCAAGAUACCUUUGAUUCCGCAGCUCCUCUUCGGAAGGAUCGACGCACCGAUAGGCGGAUCUCAGGUGGCAAGUCUAACGACGUAACCAAUUCCUCUGCCGUCAGGGAAAUGAAUUCUUCACUACUCUUUUCGCCUCCAGCAUCACAGAGUGCGGAGGCUGUUUCCCGCAUGUGGCCACUAGAUGAAAAUUCCGGCCUGACCGCCACCCGGUCUUCGCCGCCCGCGGGCGACAUUUCCAUGAACGGACCGUUGCCGGAUCUGGACGUGGCGCUGGCGGUCUACCAGGAUCACCAGACGCCGGGUGGUGCGGCGGAACUGCCUCCCGGCGGUGGCGACCUGUGGAACGGCGAGGUGUACGCGUUCACCUAGGGGAUGCAGCAGCUCGACUUGCAAGAUACGGAGGAUAAUGAUGCCGGCAGCGAGCCCGGGAAGGCCGGAAGAAACGCGCCAUGAAGAACGGCGGUAUGGUGAGUCCGCCGCCGGAAGUCUCCCGCCCCGGGAUGUCGAUGGCGUCGACGUCCAGCACCAUUAUCGGCGUCAUGUCGCUCCCCUCCGCCAACUCCCCGCUGGUCAAUCAUCCGCAGUUCGUUCCGCAUGAGGUCGCUGGCAAAUAUUGGCAUCAGCAGGUGGUGGGCCCCGACGGGCGGGCCAGUACCGACUUGCUGCGCAACCAUCUUAUCCAGAAAUUGUGCGUGCUAAUUGCAACGCGGUUGCUCUCAAAGACGGAAUCAAAGUGGAUGAAAGAAAAUCUUGACAUUAGAGUUAACUGGAUCAGAGAUCGAGCACUUAUUUGGCUAUCUCAUGCGUCUUCGUGCCUGCUAAGUGUGCAUCUUUUGUACUUUUGUAUACGCAUUGUAGGGGACGUCGCCUAGCGGCGGCGGUCUGAGCCUGAAAAGCCUGAAUAAGCCUGAAAUCUGAGCAUUAUUCCGAAAAAUGUUGCCAACGCAGGGAAUCGAACCCCCGUCCACCAGGCUUUAACGCGAAGCACUUACAGCUAGACCACGUUGGACAUUAGCGGUAUAAUGCUCAAGAUUUUGUACGCCUAAACGCUGAAUGACCGCGCGCCGCUCCUCACAGCAUUUAGACUGGAUGCAAGUACGCAGCAUCCGAAGACUGGAAAAGUAUCAACGUUUUUGGUUUUUUUUAGAAUUUUAUUGAUUUUUCUCCAAAAAAAGGUGUAUUGAAAGAGGAAAUGCAACAUGUUUUUAUGAUUUUCGUAGCGUACAAGCCAUUAUCCCGUACAACGACCAGUCGGCAUUCCAGGAACAGUUCAUGACCAGCCUCAUCGCCUACGCCCGCAGAGUGGAGGCGGAAAUGUACGAGCAGGCCAAUACCCGCGAAGAAUACUACCAGCUGCUGGCCGAGACGAUCUACACCAUCCAGAAAGAAUCAGAGGAGAAUCGCCGCAGGCGCCGCGUCCUCGCCGGCCAGACGGGUCUCUACAAAGGCGUCGAUCCCCAUUUUCAUCUGGAACGGCGGCGGCGCGAGGCCAGUGCGAUCCUCAAAGGGGCGAACGGGAUGGGCGACGGCGUCAUGAAUUCCCCGCCCAGUAGGCAUCAGUGCAUCCGCGCCAAGGCGCCGGAAGAUCCUGAACUUAUUUCGGGCUCUGAGAAGAAGUCCGGGCUGGAGGAGGAAGAGGCGGUACAUGAUGCCGUGCAGCACCGCGCGAAAAGUUGGGCUCCAAGUCAGACAUAAGAUAGCCGGGCUUUCUGGCGGUCAUGUGUAACGGAGACGCACCUUUCCAAUAUUGUCGCGCGUCGAUCUUUUUGUAGCUGGGUACUGCUUAAGCGUACUUGCUUAUUUAUCCUGUAGCGGGAACGACCGGUGUCUGUGCUGUCAUCAUUAUUCAACUACGUAUAUCUAAGCAUAUAUCCCGCAUUUCCCUAUCGAAGACUAUCCCUGUCCCUGUGGCACACUGUUGAUCUGUCCAACUAGAGCACUUCAAGCACUUAAAUUAACCUAAUCAUGAUCAAAGCCUCUAAGCUUUAAGCUUUGAGCUGCUUCUGUAAUAAUUACAGCAGUGUACGGAACUAUCGCAGCAACGUAAUGCACGGAAUUAUGUUGUCCCUCAACAGUACCUUAGACGCGGUCAUUUCCUAACAAUUAUUUUAUUUACUGACAAUUUUUUGAGAUCUGAAUUUUUAGUUUAGCCGAUGCGAAAACGAGCAAACGUGCGAAAAUAUAGAAUCUGUGGUUACUUAAAUUAUCUGUAUGUUUUGUACAGUGAAGACUGUUAUAUUGCACUACUUUAAUUUUGGAUUUGGCAUGGGAUUGUUUUGCUGGCUGUUUCCAUAACGUCAGUAAU